GUGGCAUUUGAUGCUGUCCAGUGACAUUAGUUACGAUCGAAUGGUUUGCACAAUUGAGUGAGCUUUUUAUUAUCUUGUAAGCGAUAUUUAAGUACCUGUACGUGACAAAAAAUGAUUGCCGUACACUUAAAUGUAACUUAACUAUUUAAAACCAGUUUAUGAAAAUGUUGAAGUCAUGAGAGUUGUCCUACAUUGCUUCCAGUAGUAUAUAUUUUAUCUCUAUGGCUAAAGGAAAAUUAAGAGGAUCUGAUUCCAGUAAUAAGAUAACAACAUCAAACGCAGCAUUUAAAAAUGGAGAAACAUACACAUGGGAAUUUGAGAUUAAUGAAACACCACCCAGUGCUAGAACAUUACUUACCAAAGGUUACAUACAGGAUGAAAUUAAUUCAUAUUCAGGAGCAACUGUAUCGACACGUGGCCGUUUUAUGACAGAACAAGACAAACUACGCUGUCCAAAUGAAAGGCCUUUAUACCUUUAUAUACAAGGACAUACAAAACAUAAUGUUGAUUUGGCGAUACAGAAAAUUAACGAAAUUAUUAAGACAGAACAUCAAAGUUCUUUAAAUAGACCAAGCAGGUUUACAAAUGCUCCACCACCUCUUAUGAGUUUACAUUCUGGAGUUACAACUGUGGAAAAAAUUUGCAUUGGUAUCGAGAAUGCACCACAAGGCUUUGAUUUACGAGGGCGAAUAUUAGGCAUUAGCGAUGCAAAUUUAAUGUACAUUAGAGGUGAAACUGGAGCAAAUAUAGCUUUAAGGGGUAGAGGAUCUCAGUUUAUUGACCCAGUUUUGGGAAUGGAAUCUCCGGAGCCGCUCCAUUUGUACAUAGAGCAUCCAAAACUAGAGGCAUUGCAAAAUGCAAAACAAUUGGCUAUUAACUUAAUACAGACAAUACAAUCUGAAUUGCAAACUUACAUUCAGCAACAGCCACCACCAGUACAACCUCAGCAAGUUAUAGAACAGUCUCAAAUACCACAAGCCCAAUUCCAAACUAUGAACAUUGGUACGUUAGGCCAGCCAAAUGUAGUUGCAAUACAACAUCAAGAUAUUAUACAACAUUCGCAAAGUAAUGUUGUAACAUUACCCGCAACAAUUCUCACGGCUACCGUGGCCGGUACACCAGGACCUGGUGUGUCAGUCCCCCCACCAGGAGUGCACAUACCGCCUCAUACUGGACCAUUAGUUCCACCUCCACAAGCUCAGGAAAUACAAACUUUCAUGCAACCACCACCUGUUGGACAAGUACAAUUAAUCGGUCCUCCAUCAACAGUAAGUCAUCAAGUGCAGUAUCAGAUACAUCCUGGCCAACCACUACAAAUUCAAGGAAUUCAACCGGGAUCGCAGUCCUCCCCACAGCCUGUGGCGCAAAUGUAUGUCAUGAGUCAACCUCCGCCGCAGAAUCCCGCACAGCAAAGUUUCAUAACGAGUAGUAAUGUUCCUGUGAGCAGUGCAGUAUCGUACGUCUAUACACAGCCGAAUAUACAAAGACCCGCUACGCCAUCGCAGGGAGUUAUCGAAACUGUUAAUGUCAAUCUGCAACAACCUCCCCCUGCGUCGCCGAUCAACAUAACGCAGCAACCACCACCACCGUUGUUGCAUCUCCACUUUCCGCCGCCGAACUUUCCGCCAAAUCAACCGCCCCCUCCAGUACCGCAAACCUACCAGAUACAAUAUCAACAGGUACAGGCACCCGCGUCGCAGUCGCAAACGCAGUUUGUUUUACAACCCGGCGAGCAUAUCGUUCCGCCUCAGCUGCAGCAGAAUCACGAACAGUCACAAACUGUCGCUCAGCACAUAAUACCUCCACAAUUCGAAGGUCACGCGCCACCGUUCCAUUUACAAGUACCUCCGCCAUCCGCGCAGACUUUCCUAGUUCCGAAUGCUCAAUCUCCUCAUCAUCAGCAACCGCCGCUCCCUCCUGGCAGUGAGCUUCAGCAUCAACAAGAUGGUCCGGUGGAGCAAGGGCCGUUGCCGCAGCCAGUACCACCUCCGCAAAUAGUACCGCCGCCGUCGAUCGGUCAGAUGCCUAAUUCUAUGAACAUUCUUACCAGCGUGCCACCACCGACGCAACCGCCUCCACCGCAAAAUGCUCCAUGGCUUUAUCAAACUCAACAACCACAACCGCAAGGCCAAUUGCAGAUGCAAAUGCCGCCGCAGAAUAUACCUCUUCACAACGUACCUCCACCGCAAGCUCAAAUACAAUAUCACCCGCACAUACAAUAUCAAAACGGUCAUAUACCUGCGCAAGUACAUUACACAAUGCAACCUCCGCAUCAGCAAUUCGAGCAGAAGCCCGAUUCGCCGGAGCAGCAAAAAUCGCACGGACUUAAGAGAAGGUUUUCAGACGUUGAUGGAGGUCAGGAACCACCACCAUAUCAAUGUGCGCCAUUGCCCGCGCAACGUCAUGGCACAGGAUAUAUCAUUGCUGUUUCUGACAUCUUAGAAGGUGAUCGGCAGCAGCAAGUCUUACACGGUCCAUCACCCACACCUGCCGGUCUGUCACAUGGAGAUCGAAACAAGAUGCUAAUGCCACCUCCACACCCAGGUGAGAAACGGAGCUUGGAUCAAAAGCCCGGAGGACUGUCUUCAGUAGGAAAUGAGCAGAAUGUAAUGGCGGAAUCUGGGAAUAUCCAUGUCGGAAACGGUCCACCUCUACCGCCCCCGCCUUCGCCGCAGGCGCCGUGGCAAAAUCAUCACGUGCGAGUUCCUUGGGGUAGACCACCGCCGAUUCCGAGAGACGGAGAACCUCCCGCAGUCUGCCCGGGAUUACCUCCUAUCAAUAUGCCUCCGCCUCAGAUCAGGCCAAGAGGUCUCGCUGACGGUAAUCGUUCCCCGACUCAGAACGCCGUGUUAGAGCAAUCGUUGAACAUUGAGUACAACCAAAUGCCGCCGUAUACGACGAAACCGCCGCCUUACAACGCGCACCCUUUGAUGCAGUCAAUUUGCAAUCCGCCACCGCCACCGCCGCCGCAUCAUCAACAGCCGCGGCCGCAGCAUCUCUCUCAAGCAGCGCAGCAUUAUCAAGUGCCAAUCUCGCAGACAUAUCAACCGCCUACAUCCUGUCCACCGUGGAUGAAUUGAAAAUUGCAAAACCACCGCGGCAUUUCCUGCUCCGAUAUUUUAACUAUGACUUAUGAACGCGACUUACCAAAUGUGACGCCGUUUCAACGGGUGACGUAAUAACAUAGCAGUAUGCUACAAAGAUCUGAUAUCAGUGUGAAAAGUUAGAACUUGUGAAAAACUUGCAUCACGAAUAUCGUUCCUUAUAAUAGUUCUAAUUUAACAAUCUAUUUGUACAAUCCUUAUAGCUGUUAUAAUUUAAUAAUUUGUUCUGUGAGAAGGAAAAUAGAGCGUGUGUAAAAAUAUGUAAAUGUUGAAGAUUAUUUAUACUGUACAUUUUAAAUCCUAUCCAUUGAGAGAGAUAUGCAAGAUAUUUUUCUCAUUGAAUAAGAUUGUGCAUAUAAUAAAAAAUAACGCCGUACCGGCGAGAUAGUUACUUAUUAAUUGAGGAGCUCGACGAUACGUGUGAAGCGUGGCUUGUAUAGUAGAUAUAUGCAUAUAACGAGAAAGACAGCGUUAUUAUCUUGUGGAACAGUUCUAUCAUUGUGCAUCUAAAGAUCACUUGUUUUGUAUUUGCACGUGAAUAAUCACGUUAUAUUUUACCUCAUGGCGGAAAAUGUAUCACAUUUCUCCAUUUACUUAUAGAUAAGUAAUACGUAUGACUAUGUAUGCGAUUUUUUUAUGCAAAAACCAACAAUAAAUCGUUAUUGCUAAUUAA